AUGGUAUCCCCAGAACAGGACAGCCAAAUUUCAAAAGACAAAAGCCCCAGAAGAUCUUGGAACCAAUCCAAGCAAUCUGCUAGUACUAAUUUGGUAGUAGAGACUAAGAAAUCAUGUGAUGUUGACCCCAAAGUAAAGACGCCUCUUGAAAAUUGUGCUCCCCAAAGGCAGACACUCCUAAUUAGUUCUUUGGCGAAAAACCCCAGCGAGCAGACUGACCUGAAUAAAUGCCUGAGUACCGGAACUAGCUUUGCCCAGAGCUCCAAAGGCUCUCCCCACACAUCAAUGUAUUUUACUAUUCUCAAUGAAUUUUUCAAGUCAGAGAGUCUAACAAAACUGGAGAACAAGGUAAAAAGAAGGACGAUGGAGGCGCUGGAGUUGCUGAGCAACAAUAUAGAGGAGGUUCAGCUCCAGCGGGAGCAGCUGGUGGAGGAGAACAAGCUGCUAGAAGAGGACAGGCUCUACCUAGAGACUGAGAGCAACUAUUUUUUGAGAUUCCUAAGAAAACAAAAUGAUGAGUGUAGAAAGAAACAUGAGGACCUGUGGCAUCAGUAUUUCCAGGAAUGUGCAGAGAUGCGACGAAGGAAACAAGAGCUGGAAUCCAACUUUGCCAAACAAAACAAAGACCUUCAAACACAACUCUUGCAGGGAAGAAAGACCCAGUCCCACCUGAGGCAACAGGCUCAGUCAUUGAAGCAUAUUAACUCAGUAAAGAAGGCUCAGGAGAUGAAAAUCCAGGCGUUACAGAAGGAGCUGGAGAACAUGAAAGUGGAGACGGCUAUAAAGGACCUCCAGGAACACUUGCAGUUCCUGCAGCAAAAGGCGCUCCUGGACAGACAGCUGCAGGAACUGAAAUGGCUUCAGGUGGGACGGCACAGCACCAAGGAGGUUAAGAAAAAGGUCCAGGUCUUGAAGUCCACAGCCAGGAAGGUGAAUUCCGAGUAUUGCGAUAGUGUCCAAAAAGAGAAUCAGGGGAUACAGGAGGAAUUAGUGAAGCAAGUCCAGGAGUAUCGCAAGCUAGCGUCUAUAAAGGGGCAGUUAGAGAAGUGGAAAGAACAACUGAAGGAGGAGCAGUGGUGCCAAGAAGCCAUAGUUAGAGGGAGACAACAGCUGAGGGCAAAGAGAGGCAGAAGUCACAAUUAUGAUCCUUGUCCCAAAGAAUAGGGUGCCGCGAGGCCACACUGAACCAUCCUUUAUGUACCAAAUCAAGAAUAAGUCCAAAGUAAUUUAUUUAUUAGCCAGAGAAAUAAGAAUUGGAAACAAGUGGUCUCUGGCACUGUCUUGGC